AUGUGGUUCAGUGAAGAAGAAGAGAUCAGAAGAUCACAGUUCCCAGAUGGCUUCUUCUUCGGAACAGCAACUUCCGCAUAUCAAAUUGAAGGUGCAUAUGUUGAAGAUGGCAAGAGCCUCAACAAUUGGGAUGUGUUCAAUCACAGGCAAGGGUUCAUAUAUGGAGAUAAUGGAGAUACUGCUGACGACCACUACCAUCUGUACUUGGAAGAUAUUGAGAUAAUGCGUUCUAUGGGUGUAAAUGCGUACAGAUUCUCAAUUUCAUGGGCCAGAGUUCUCCCAAGAGGGAGAUUUGGGGAAGUCAAUCCAGCUGGUAUCUCAUUCUACAACAAAAUAUUAGAUAAUCUCUUGCUGAAAGGAAUUGAGCCAUUUGUGACGAUAUGGCAUAAUGACUAUCCUCAAGAACUGCAGGACAGAUAUGGAGCCUGGCUCAGCCCCCUAAUGCAAUUUUGUACAUUUUGCUGUGACCUGUUUCAAGGCCUUUGGAAACAGAGUGAAGCACUGGAUCACAAUAAACGAACCAAACUUCCAAAACAAAGAGGAGUCAUAGGAUUAGUGGUAUGUGCUUUCAUGUACGAACCUUUCACUGAUGAUGAGCCUGGUCGGAAAGCGGUCGACCGGGCCUUAGCUUUUAAUGUGGCAUGGGCUUUAGAUCCCCUGGUAUUCGGAGACUACCCACCGGAAAUGCGCCGUUACCUUGGGGAUGAGUUGCCCUGUUUCUCAACAGAGGAGAAGAGUUACAUAAAAGGCAGUAUAGACUACGUUGGCAUCAACCAUUAUGGGACUCUCUAUGCCAAGGACUGCCUCCAUUCCAGCUGCAUCCUGGGCGCAGACCGGCCAAUCCGAGGCUAUGUAUACACUACCGGGGAACGGAAUGGUGUUCCAAUUGGGGAACGAACAGGGAUGUCAAAAUUUUUCGUAGUUCCCCGAGGCAUGGAGGAGAUAGUCGAUUAUGUGAAGGAGAGAUUCAACAAGCCUAUAUAUGUGUUGGAAAAUGGCAAGUAG